UAAGGAAUAAAUAUGGAAUACAACUAAAGGAGAGAAACAUAGAAUCGAAGUCGAGCACAGAAACACAAACAAAUACAACCCAUAAAUCAGAGAACAAGAAGGAAAGAACCCUUUGGUAAACAAGGAGAACCCAGAAUCUAACAAGUUUUUCACUUAGACUCUCCUUUGUCAAUUUCAGUUUUUUUGGCUGUUAACACUUUGAAUCGGAGUUUCUUCCUUCUUGAUCCAUACCCAUCAUUUCAAAGUGUUUGAUUCUCUGUAUUUCCUCUCAUUCCUCUGAUUUUGUUUUCAAAUCAAUACAAGUUUUUGGGAUUUGGAUUAGGUUUUAUUCGGUGAAGUAGUUUCUUGGGUAUGUGGGUUUAUUUUUUAGGGUUUCAUUGGAUCGUAACUGGGGCUCUAAACUUCUCGAGUGAUUAGGGUUUUCAUUGAGACGGAUUGAAAGACGACUGACUUCACGGGUUGCUUGAAAUGGACAGGGACUUUCAUCUCGGUGGGAGUUCAUAUUGCACAGUUCAGCAUUUGCAUUUGGCGACUCUUUGAGAAACAUUUGUAUUUGGGAACAGACUACUAAAGAUGUUAACAAUGGUUUUUUGAGCAUUGCCUAUUAUUAGUAAUUGUGAAUGAGUGAUCACGUACAAAGUUAUCUGUUCUUCAUUUUUGGUGUUUUCUGUUGUCUUUGGUGGUAUGGUGGCUCACAAGAGUAGAGUAUUGAAUUUCAGACCAUUUGUUUGGUUUCAAGCAAUUGAAGCAAAUAUUUAGCUGGUUUGGUGGCUUUAAGUGAAUGUAUUGCUGAAGGUUCAUGACGGAAUUUUAAAACUUGAAAUGAAUGUGGUGACAUGGUGCAUGGGCAUAGUUGCUGGUUUGUUCCCUUCCUGGAACAGUGUUACUGGAUUCUAACAGUCUCACACCUAGAAUUUUACAUUAGGCUUUUAUGCAAUGUCGCGCUGUUUUCCAUUUCCACCACCAGGAUAUAUAAAGAAGGCUAGAACAGAUGGAGUGGAUUUGUUAAAAAAGGAGAAGCAGAAAGAGAGAAAACAUAAGAAAGAUAAGAAGGACAAAGAGAAGAGGGAAAGUAAGGAGAGGAGAGAGAAAGAAGGAAGAGAUGGAAAGCAUAAGGAAAAGAGGGACAAAAAGGAAAAACGUAGAGAGAAAAAGAAAGAUAAGAAUAAGGAUAAGAACAAAGAUAGAGAUAAAAGUAAAAUCAGUUCUACAGAUGACAAAGGUAUUCCAAGACAAUCUGAGGUUGUCAAUGCUGGUAAUCUCCAUCAAGAGGAAAUUAAGCACGAUGAUAAGAAGGGUAUCUUGUUUGAGAACAGACUCACCAAACAGUAUUCUGGUAACAAUGGGGAGAAGGCAACAGAAAAAAAUGCUCUGGCUGCAAACACGGAAUCAAAGUUCCUCCUGGAGUUGGACCGGAGGAUUAGGAAUGAUGACGGAGGAGCUACCAAUCAAUUGGUUGAUAACUUUACUAAUGCAAACCAUGGAAGAAAUGAGGCAACUGAUAGGUUGGUGGCCAAAGGAGGUGGGACCAGGCUUGAUGGUAGUGAAAAACUCAAGGAUAAAGGCCUUGAUGUUAAGAAGAUUGAUGGAAGAGGAGUACAAGCUGAGGUCCGACCUAUUGGAAAUUCACCAGCUCAGAAUUAUGCUGGAAACGUUCAUCCUAGAGUUGAUGGAAUACCCAAACUUCUUGGGAAAUAUUUUGAAAAGAAUUUGGAAGCAACAGUUGAAGGUAAGGAAAAGGUUAAGGAAAAGAAAGAUGAAGGUAGAGAAAAGACAGAAGAGGAAAAGAUUAAGGAAAAGAAAGAUGAAGGAAAGGAAAAGGUUAAGAAAAAAAAAGAUGAUAAAAGAAGAGAUAAAAGGAAAGAUAAAGAGAAGGAGAAGAAAGGGCAUGGGAAAAACAAAGAUAGGGAUAAAGAGAAGAAAAAUGAGGAGAAAGACAAGGAGUCUAGUGAACUUAAAACAACAGAGCAAAAUAAAUUAAAAGAAAGCAACAAAAUUGGACUUAAAGAUUCAAAUUGUUUCUCACAGCUUUCUAGAAACAACCACGACGAUCCUGUUGGUGGGGAAAAUCUCAAAAAACGAAAAGACAUUGAGUCAAAUGGAGUUCCACGUGUUAAUGACAGUUUGCCCAAUAAGUUUCCAAAAUUGUCUUCCUCUCAACCAUUCACUAAAAAUGGAAGGCCAUUGGAACCCUGGCAAAUUUCCGUACCAAAUGCUUCGGAUAGACCACAAGUGGCCACCGGUGUUAAGGUAGAAAACAAAGAAGGCAUGAAAAAUGAGAAUUUUGAAACUCAGUCAUUUUCAGCUUCUUCAAACAAGACUCGCACUGAUAUUGGGCCAGUUGAUUUUGUAACUGAAGCUUCUGCAAAGCCAUCCCAUCCAGACUCCAAGUACCUAAGCCAGGUAUAUUCCGUACCUAAGGUGGAUCAUUGGUCUGAUUUUGAUGAUCAAGAAUGGCUAUUUGACAGCAAUGUUUCACCCGAAAGAAAAUCUGUGGUGCAAUCUUCAGAGGUUGGGGAUACACCACAGGUAUGGGCCGAAGCUCUGCGCAUAGAGUCAGCAGAUGUUUUUGCUCUUCCAUAUGUCAUUCCAUACUGAUUGAUUAUUUAAUUGUCACAAUAAUUACAUGUGCAACCCUCCAAUGACUGUCGGAGCAGGAGGAACUGGGGCAUGGGCUGAAGAUACCAAAUUUCUUCAUUCAUUCUUUUGUUACUUGCAUACAGGCAGCAAGUAUUGAGUGACUGAUUGAUUGCUUUGAUCUUAAACUGCUUGGAUGGUAACUAGCGCUUGACUGAUUUGUCUUGAUUUUUGACUGAUUGGAGGAUGAGAAAAUCUGUUGCAAGUUGUUUCAUGUUCAGUGCAUUGCUGCAAACAUCGUUGGAAGCGCAGUUCCUAUCUUGUGCAUCUUAGUAAUUUAUUUAGCCGACAGUGAGACUUUGUAUAGGUUGUGGAGAGAGAGGAGGGAUGGGUACAAGGUUGUGCAACUUGUUAUUCUAUUUGUGCUGAGCUGCUCUUUCUAAUCCAGUAUCAGAAUAUUUAAGUGAAACUAGAUGUCAUCUUUUCAACUCCACCACAAUUUUGAUUUGUAACAUAGAACUCUUAUUUACGAAUAUAUGUAUGAUAGAGAAGGGAAAAUUUCUAAACAAAGGACAUUGCAACUAGUUGUACCA